AUGGGAAUCGAAACUCCAGCAUUCAUCCUCGGUGCUCUCACUGCAGGCGGUGGAACUUUCGGAUACAUUAAGACUGGUUCAAUCCCAUCCGUUGCAGCAGGAGUUACAGUCGGCGCACUCUACCUCUUGGGAGGAUAUCGAAUUCAGAGCAAAGAAAGCUAUGGAGUUGAACUUGCCCUUCUAGCUUCCAUUGUCCUUGCUGGUUCAUCAAUUCCGAGAGCUUUGAGAAGCCAGAAGCCAUUGCCGACUGGUUUGAGUCUGUUGGCCAUUUAUGGAUUGUACACGUAUGGGAGCGCAUACAGAGCGAAGCUUUGA